AAAUAGAGACAACACUCCCACUCCCCCGUGGUAACGAAACGAAGCAGAGACUCAAAACCCGCACACAAAGCUGUUAGCAAACUAAGCGUUUAUAACUUAUAACCAAAAUCUCAACCACCGUCUCAGGUGUACCAUAGCUUUGGAUGCUUAUGUUACUGGAAAUACAAACAAUAAAAAUUGUUCAAAUAUUACUGUAAAAUUGCGGAAGCACUCAAGAACCUGUUCUGGAGAACAGGUAUAUCAAAAUAUUUUCUAAUGUGGGUGCUUCAGAGUCCCCAUAUUGUGAGACAAACUCCAUAUCAAAGUCACCUCUGCUACACUUCUUAUGUCUCUUCAAAAUUGCCGGUUUCUUUUGUUUCAUUGAACCCUUCAGGGUACCCCAUAAAAGACAUCAAGAACAGCAACAACAACAACAACCAGUUGAUACAAUCAUUAUGCAGAGGAGGCAACCUUAAGCAAGCCCUUGAGGUCCUUUGUAGUGAGCCCAAUCCAACUCAGCAGACUUUUGAGCUUUUAAUAUAUUCUUGUGUGCAGCAGAACUCCCUCUCCGAUGGCCUUGACAUUCACCACCAUCUUGUCAAUAAUGGUUUUGACCAAGACCCCUUUUUAGCUACUAAACUUAUCAAUAUGUACUAUGAGCUAGGCUCUGUUGAUCAUGCUUGCAAGGUGUUUGAUGAAACUCGGGAAAGAACCAUAUAUGUCUGGAAUGCGAUCUUUCGAGCGCUGGCGAUGGUGGGUCGUGGUGAGGAGCUGUUGGAUUUGUACGGUCAGAUGAAUUGGAUUGGGAUCCCGUCGGAUAGGUUCACAUAUACGUAUGUGCUUAAGGCUUGUGUUGUUUCAGAGUUGUCAGUCUGCCCUCUCCAGAAGGGUAAGGAGAUUCAUGCCCAUAUUCUGCGACAUGGCUAUGAAGCAAAUAUUCAUGUUAUGACAACUCUGUUGGACGUAUAUGCUAGGUUUGGCUGUGUAUCAUAUGCAAGUUCUGUGUUUGGUGCAAUGCCUGUCAAGAACUUUGUCUCAUGGAGUGCUAUGAUUGCAUGUUAUGCAAAGAAUGAAAUGCCUAUGAAAGCAUUGGAACUGUUUCAGCUAAUGAUGCUUGAGGCAUGUGAUUCAGUUCCGAAUUCAGUUACAAUGGUUAAUGUGCUUCAAGCUUGUGCAGGUCUCGCUGCAAUGGAACAAGGAAAGUUGAUACAUGGCUAUGUCCUUAGAAGGGGUCUUGAUUCUAUACUACCAGUUCUUAGUGCCCUUAUAACGAUGUAUGGAAGAUGUGGUGAGAUAUCGUUGGGACAACGAGUGUUCGAUAAGAUGAAGAAACGUGAUGUUGUUUCAUGGAAUUCUUUGAUUUCUGUUUAUGGUAUGCAUGGUUUUGGAAAGAAAGCAAUCCAAAUUUUUGAAAAUAUGAUCCACGAAGGAGUUUCACCAAGUUACAUAUCAUUCAUCACUGUUUUGGGUGCUUGCAGUCAUGCAGGCCUUGUUGAGGAGGGAAAGAUUUUAUUUGAAUCUAUGCUUAGUAAGUACAUGAUCCAUCCAGGUACGGAGCAUUAUGCUUGCAUGGUGGAUCUUCUUGGCCGAGCUAACAGGUUAGAUGAAGCAAUCAAACUAAUAGAAGAUAUGCAUUUUCAGCCAGGACCUACGGUUUGGGGUUCCCUUCUUGGGUCUUGUAGGAUUCACUGUAAUGUUGAACUUGCAGAGAGAGCGAGCGCUAUGCUUUUUGAGUUGGAGCCUAGGAACGCUGGGAAUUACGUGCUUUUGGCAGAUGUUUAUGCAAAAGCUAAUAUGUGGAAUGAAGUAAAGAGUGUGAAGAAGCUAUUGGAAACUCGUGGCCUGCAAAAGAUUCCAGGUUGCAGUUGGAUUGAAGUUAAGAGGAAGGUAUACUCAUUUGUCUCUGUUGACGAAUAUAACCCACAAAUUGAAGAGCUCCAUGCUUUGUUAAUUAAAUUGUCAACUGAGAUGAAAGAGCAGGGUUAUGUCCCACAGACAAAGGUUGUUCUUUAUGAUCUUGAAGAAGAAGAGAAGGAGAAAAUUGUAUUGGGACACAGUGAAAAGCUUGCUGUUGCUUUUGGACUCAUUAAUACUGCAAAAGGUGAAACCAUAAGGAUCACGAAAAACUUGAGAUUAUGUGAAGACUGUCAUGCUGUCACAAAGUUCAUUUCCAAGUUUGCUAAUAGAGAGAUUCUUGUUAGAGAUGUGAAUCGCUUCCACCGUUUUAGAGAUGGAGUUUGUUCCUGUGGUGACUAUUGGUAGUUCUUGGCAAAAUGAUAUGCAGUUGAUGAAAGUAAUGCUAAUAUAGUGGUAGAGAUUGAAUGAUGCUAUUGCUUUAAACACAGCAAGCGCCAGUUCUGUUGUAGAUUUAUUGUCUCUGUAAAAACUGAACACUCUUACGAAAAGUUUCUGGAUUUUUUUUUUCUGUAUAAUAGU